AUGGAUGGACCAAAUGACUCUGUGGUAUCUGAAUUUGUAUUGAUUGGUCUUUCAAAUUCAUGGGAGAUGGACCUUUUUCUCUUUUGGUUCUUCUCUGUGUUCUACAUGGGAAUUAUCCUAGGAAACCUCUUCAUUGUGUUCACGGUAAUUAUUGACUCUCAUUUAUACACCCCCAUGUACUUCCUAUUGGCCAACCUCUCCCUUCUUGAUCUAGGUCUGUCCUCUACCACAGUGCCCAAAAUGAUCUCUGAUCUUUUCACUGACUGCAACAUCAUUUCCUUUCCAAAAUGCAUGAUACAGAUAUUUUUUAUUCAUGUCAUGGGCGGAGUUGAGAUGGUGCUGCUCAUAGCCAUGGCAUAUGACCGGUACACCGCAAUCUGUAAACCUCUCCACUACCUGACCAUCAUGAGCCCCAAAACGUGUGUCUCCUUUGUAGUGGCUGCCUGGAUAGUGGGGAUAAUCCAUGCUGUAUCUCAGUUUGUUUUUGUCAUAAACCUGCCCUUUUGUGGCCCUAAUGAAGUAGAUAGUUUUUACUGUGAUUUUCCUCGCGUCAUGAAACUUGCUUGUGUAGACACUUACAAGCUAGAGUUUGUAAUCAUUGCCAACAGUGGGUUUAUAUCCAUGGCUACUUUCUUCUCCUUAAUAUAUAUCUUCAUUUUGGUCACUGUCUGGAAACGUUCUUCAGGGGACUUGUCCAAAGCAUUUGUCACAUUGUCAGCUCACAUCACUGUAGUGAUUUUGUUUUUUAUGCCAUGCAUGUUUCUCUAUGUGUGGCCUUUCCCUACAUCAUCACUGGAUAAGUAUUUGUUCAUAGUCGACUUCGCUAUCACCCCCGUCUUGAAUCCUGCCAUCUAUACAUUAAGAAACAAAGACAUGAGAGUGGCCAUGAGAAGACUGGGCAAGCGGAUUGUGCAUCCUACUCGUAUCUAA